AUGGAAAUGGGAAGUUCUCGACCUGGAGCUCGUUUUGAAAUUCUUGCAGCAAUGCGCAGAGUUCGUUACGAAUUUAAAGCGAGGAACAUCAAAAAGCGGCUUGUCGAUAUUGUUGUUUCUGUUGAUGGAGUGAAAGUUGUGCUGCAAAGGAAAAGGAAAAAACAAAAAUAUAUGGAUGAGAGUAAAAUGUUGGUAAUGUCCCAUCCAAUGUACAGGGUUUUCUAUGUUGCCCACGACUCUUACGAUCUCCAAAUAUUUUGUUAUGUGGCGAGAGAUGGCGCUUCAAAUUCGUUCAAAUGUAACGUCUUUAAAUGUCCAGAUAAAGUUAGUUUUGAAUUUUAUUUUAAUUUUUGGAGAUAUUUUAAAGGGGGGUUUUCUGGGGUUUUGACAAUUUUUAAAUUUUGUGCUCCUAAAAGACUCCGAGUUUUUUCUUUGCAUAUUUUUAUCCGCAUUUCGACGCCAAAAAUUCAUUUUUCGACUCCUCUUCCUAGUUUCUUCCAUCUCUCUCUCCCCUUUUUGGCAAAAUUUUUUGAUUUUUUUUUAAUUUUUUUGACUUGCGGAUUUCGGGAAAACUUGCGGACUUUUAGAGACCUAACAAGGAGAGGUUGCGAGUGUCCGACCUAA